GUCUGCCUCCUGUCCUACCUGCCAGCUGCACCAUGAGGGCCAAGGCCUCCGAGGUCCACAACAAAGACUGUGUUAAAGUGGCUGUCAGAGUGCGACCGUUCAACAAGAGAGAGCAGGAUGCAGGCAGUCGCUGUAUUGUCUCCAUGGCGUCGACCUCCAUCAGCAUCCAGGACCCACGUGAGUCCCAGAACCGACGGGCGUUCUGCUUCGAUUAUGCUUAUUGGUCCCACAGCGGCUUCGUCAGAGACCACAGGGGUCUCUAUGUUCCUGAAGAGCCAGGGGGGCGAUACGCUGACCAGAACAGUGUGUUCCAGGAUUUGGGAGAAGGAAUCCUGGAGAACGCUCUGCAGGGUUACAACGCUACACUGUUGGCAUACGGCCAGACCGGCUCAGGGAAGAGUUACUCCAUGAUGGGCUACGGGCCGAACAAAGGUCUCGUCCCCAAACUCUGUGAGCGACUGUUUCAAGCAAUCCGAGAAAACCAAGAAAGCGGACAGUGUCAGGUUUUCUUCAGUAUGUUGGAAAUCUAUAAUGAACAGGUUGUUGACCUGCUGUCCCGGGGGUCUCGUAACCCAGGUGGACUCAGAGUCCGGGAGGAGCAGCAAAGAGGUUUCUAUGUGGAGGGUCUUCGUAUGAUCCCCUGCGAGAGUGCUCCACAGGUGGAGCAGCUGAUGGAACAAGGAACCAGGACCAGAACCACAGCUGCGACACAUGUGAACGCCAACAGCAGUCGGUCACACAUGCUCAUAAUCCUGCAGCUCAAACAGAUCUUUUCCAAAGAGAGCACCACGAAGCAGUCCAACAUCAACCUGGUGGACUUGGCUGGCAGUGAGCGUCAGAGGUCAUCAGGGUCUGAAGCCGACAGACUCAAAGAGGGAACAGCCAUCAACCUGAGCCUCACCACUCUGGGCAACGUUAUCAGCGCUCUUGCUGAUGUGGCCGUGGGGAAGAGGGUUGUUCACAUCCCUUACAGAGACUCGGUUCUCACCAAGCUGCUCCAGUCUGCUCUGGGAGGCAACAGUCGCACGGUUAUGAUUGCCACCCUGAGUCCUGCAGAUAUCUGCUAUGAAGAGUCUCUCUCCACCCUACGCUACGCUGAGAGGGCAAAGCGUAUCCAGAACCGGGCGGUGGUGAACGAGAGCCCCACUGAGCGCCUUGUUAAAGAGCUGAAGGCCGAGAACGCCAGACUGCUGCAGCGUCUGAGCCGAAUGGGUCAGGAGGGCCGCAGAGCCAGUGAAGAGACCAAGGAGCUCCGUCAGCUGCUGACCCACAACGAGCUCCAGAUCCGAGCCAUUCAGACUCUGUGGGAGCAACAUCUGCAGGAGGCGCUGAAGGACUGGGAGCAGCAGUAUGCCACACUCACACAGGAGAGGAGGAUGAUGCAGAUGCAUCCCUACAUCUUGAACAUCAACGAGGAUGCUCAGCUGUCGGGGGUGGUGAAGCUUUUCAUCCAGGAGGGUGAGUGGAUCAUCGGCCUGUUUGACUCCUCACAGAGAUCCAUUUCUAUCAAGGGUUUAGGGAUCCAGGAGCGUCAUGCUGUGUUCAGGAAUGAAAAGCGGCGUGUUACACUGACACCCCUACCAGGUUCAAAGGUUAUCGUUAAUGGGAAUGCUGUGUACCAAACAACUGAACUGCAGCACCUGGAUCGUCUCAUUUUGGGUUCGAACUCCACCUACCUGUUCAUUGGUUAUCCAUCAGAAAGAGGCGCAGAUGACUGGAGCCGCUACGACUAUGACUACUUCCAGUCUGAGCUGGCAGCUGCUGAGGGCAUCCAUCUGGGAGAGUCCAGUGCUGGAUCCAAUCAGACUGACCCCAGUCUGCUGGCCGUCUUCUAUGACUACAUCAAGCUGAUGCCCAUGGUGGCCGAGGCCAACCAGAUGAGCCAGGAACUGAACAAGGGAGUGGAGUUUAAACUGGAGAUCAAGAAUCUUGCGCUGUCGGACUCCAGAGGUCACGAUCUGCAGAAAGACAUUGUAGUUCGAGUCACCUCCAGAGGAAGCAAACAGGUUUGGGUGUGGUCCAAAGCCAAAUUUGUAAACCGCAAGUUUCUGAUGGAAGAGGUCUACCAGCAGUUCCAGGCUGAACAGAGAGAGGGUGAAAGAGCCGAGGGACUCUCAGCAGUUGCUUUACCCAGAGAGAAAGACCCGUUCUGGGAUCCAGUGGAGCCUUUGCUCCUGGGUAUGGCUCACCUCUGGCUGCAAUCUUUAGCCUUUCACAUCCCAUUGGAAGAGCAGCUAGAGGUGCUGGGCUCAGAGGGCACGGAGGAGGCCAUUCUACAAGCUCAGUUGGUCCCCUGUACUUCUACUGGACUUUUCAGGUUGUUUGACUGCAGCCAGCCUCUCUACACUCCAGCUGUGUGGCACAACAUCAAUCCUCUGUUGGAUCAUCGGGUCCACUUCACUUCCCUCUGCACCUCCCAACGUCUGCUGGACUACCUGCAGAGCAGCGCCGUGGUGGUGGAGCUCUGGGGUCUUCAAGAGGGUUGCACUUCCCUGAGCUCGUCUCUUGAAGCAGUGAAGAUGACGGCAGAGGGCACCUUCAUCAUAGAUGAGCCGGGUCCACCAGAGACUGCAGCUGCAGGCUCUGGGCUCAGUGGUUCAAUCAGAGCUCUUCAGCGGGACUUGGAGGAACUGAGGAGUGUUAAUGUUUCCCUCAGAAAAGAAAACCAAAGUCUGAGAGAACAACUCAACUCAGCCAAGAAUGGAGAGGGUGUGCGUGGACGCUCGAUGCGUCCCAGCUGUGAUGCAGAGUUUGCUCGUGCUUUGAAGGUUUUCUACCACAGCAUGACUUCAGUCAGAGCUCAGCUGCAGCGCCUGCACAGACACAGGCCCAGUGAGGAGUCGGACCUGCUCGGGCUCAGGCUGUUUGUGGACGAGCAGAGUCGUCUGCUGAAGGACUUCUCGGAGCAGCUGGAGCAGAGCGUCUCCACGCUCAAACAAGAUGUAGCCGCCAUUGUUCGUCGCAAACGAGAGCGGUCAGGAAUCUGGUCUUAACUUAAAGUUAUUUAAACUUUAAAUAUGUCUGGUCAUUCUUUACUCUGGAUAUUCAAAAGGAGAUGUAGACCCUGAGAACUUCACUCCUGAGUGAUGUACUACAAAGUUGAUAGUUUUCUUCUAACCUGGUUACUCAUUACACAUUUGCAGUAAUUUUAUUUGUAAGAAACUCCUUAAUUUAAUUCUUUUUAUAGAAAAAUUAUACUGAAACAUGUCAUCAGAAAUGAUUAAAUGUCUAAAAUUAACCAGGUUAAUAAACUUUGAGGUUAAGUCUAUUUUUAUGCCUUUACCUUUAAUGUCAGAAUCAAGUUUUAGAUUUUGUUAAACUAGCUAACACAACAGCCAUGUUGGCCUUGCUUCAUAGUACCCCCCCUCCCCCCACUAUAUUAUAAGUCAAUGAAUAAGCAGGUUUAUUAGACUGAAGUUUACAAAAUGUUUAUUAAGCUGCAUGUAAAAGGUUACAGUUCUAAACUGCAAAUAAAUUAGGUACACGCUUCAAAAUUCACCAUGUUAUUGAACUCAUGUUUUUAAGUUGCUGCAACUUUGAGGUGUCUCACUCACUGCUGAGUAUUGAAUAUUAUCGACUAAAGCAAACAAAUUUUUACAAGUUAAAAAGCAAAGAGCUGUGUUUUUAUAACGUUCACGUUUUUUUCUUUUCUUUUUGAGCAUCUUAUGUCUCAUUUAGAGAUAAAAGCACAGCCGUUAAUGCUGGAAAGCAGUCAUGAGAAAGUACAGACAGUUGCUGUAGGUCCAAAGAAAACCUCGUUGUGGGCUCAUGUACAGUAGAAGAGAAAGAAGGCAGAUUAGGAAUCACACUACAGAAAAUGUAUGUACAACAGAGGAAGACAAACAAACUAGGCCAUAAAAACCUCAGAACAAAUGUUGUUGUGAUUAGGAGAUGAACAGUAGUCUAGAUUCACCAGAAUGAAUCUGUCAACUCAUUGUGCUGCUCUCCUAAAGUGUUAACUGCUAUUAAUCUGUGGUAAUUAAAGUAAAAUGUCACAAUAGUGACAAUUAUGGUUUAGACAGAGGCAGCAGUGAAAGUUACAGAGGUAAACUUGACCUGCUGUGGGUCAGACAUUGUCAGUUUUCUUAUGAGUUGAUGACUUAACUUUGUAGGAAACAGACAGUAAUGGAUCUGCAGGUCAGAGAAAAGGCUGAGGGUACAGGUGAGGUAGGUUAAUUACAUCUCAAACAAACGUUUAUAAUAUACACUUCCUGUAACAUUUACUUUACAAGCAGAACAACUUUUCACCGUCAGGUUUCUGCACCUCUUUGGGCACAGUGUACAGAAGCAGGUCAGUGUAGAACACGCCAAAAAAAAAAAAAAAAAAAAAA